AGUAGAACGCUGCACGCUGCUUUGCGUGGGCGCCCAUGAUAAAAUCCCCAGCGUGCGUGCUGGAGCCGGAGCCGGAUGCUUGGUUGCCGGCCGCUAUUAUAUCAGCUGCCCGGGGGCAGCUGGAGCGCGACGCCGAUGUGACGCGGCCACAGUGCUGGCGACACCGGUCGGGCAAGCAGGCAGGCAGGCUCCUCGCGUUCGCGUUCGCGUCCGCUCAUCACCACCACCAUCAUCACCAAUUCACCAUCUAUCCCCUCGCGCCCCCCGUGUCCCGCUCGCGCCCCGGCCCCCGGCCGCUUCCGGGUCAGCUGAGGUUGAGCCAAGAGGUCGAGGUCCAGGUGGUUCGGGUGAUGAUGAUGCCGCCGCCGCUCAUGGGGAGGGGGAGGCCGGGGUGGUGGCGGUGGUGGAGGGGGAGGGGGAAGUCCGCGCGGAGCCUCGGCGUCGUCGCCUGCGCCUUCGCGGUGGCCGCGGCGCUCGUCGUCUCCCUCUGCUUCGUCGGCGGCGCGCUCGCUUCGGAUCUCCGGAGGAAGACCGAGGAAGCGGCGGCGGCGGCGGCAGGAGCCCAUCCCGGUGAUGAUCAGGCGGUGGCGACCGAGGUGCGGGCGCGGGCGCGGGAGGCGGUCUACCACUACGGCGGCCGGCGGCGGCUGCUGUCGGGUGGUCCGGGGUCGCACCCGCCGCGGUGCACGUCCAAGUGCGGGAGCUGCAGCCCCUGCUACCCGGUGCACGUGUCCGUGCCGCGGGGGGUGCUCGUCACCACCGAGUACUACCCGGAGGCGUGGCGCUGCAAGUGCCGGAACCAGCUCUACAUGCCGUGAUGACUGAGCGCGCGGCUCGCCGUCGUCACAAGCCCGUCCGGCGCGCGUGAACAACCGCCCCAACAAGGCAAGCGCGAGCAGGAGUCCAGGAGCAGCCUGAACCACGGCUCCUGCCCGCCCGGCGGUCGCGGCGCCGGCCGCCGGCGUACGCGCUGCGCAGCGCCGGCCGUCCGUGACCUUGGACCGGCGCCGGCGGGGCGCGCGAGGCGAGGCCGCGCGUGGUGGUGUGGCCUACCGCGGCUGGCCGGGCCAGCCGGCGGGGCAGGGGGCGUCGGGGCGGGCCUGCUGCGGCGCGUGUCUGCGAGCCGCGCUGCCGUGUAGGUGUAGCGCUUGCGUCGCCAUGCCCCGCCGCAUCGCUGCGGAUCGGGCAGCCCGCCGCGGCCCUACCACGAGGCGCGCACGCCGCGCCGGCAGGCAGAGGCAAGGCAGAGAGGCAGGGGCGCCGCCCGCCCGUGGUAAAGAAAGCUGCGGCUGUUUUCUCCCCCUGGCGGCACUGUUCAUAUGAUUUUGUCCACGCCUUUCUGGCCAGUCCAAAAAAAUCAUUGUUUUUUUCCUCCUA